AUGAAACUUCUAUUGCUGACAGCAACGGUUAUCGUUGUCUUGUGGGCCAUGUAUCGAGUCCCAAUUAACCCCCUGUCGGAGAAGUUUAUCGACAAGAUCAACGCCAAGGCGACCACGUGGCGCGCGGGACAGAACUUCCACCCGGAUACGCCACUGUCCUACAUCCGAGGUCUGAUGGGAGUUCACAAGGAUGCGGACAAGUUUAUGCCUCCGGUCAUGCUGCACGAUCUGGAUGAGGGUGAUGAUCUGCCGGAAAACUUUGACUCUCGCGAGCAGUGGCCAAACUGUCCCACGAUCCGAGAAAUCCGUGACCAGGGCUCGUGUGGUUCGUGCUGGGCGUUCGGUGCCGUCGAAGCCAUGUCCGAUCGUAUCUGCAUCCACUCCAAAGGCAAGGUGCACUUCCGCGUGUCGGCUGAAGAUCUGUUAACAUGCUGUACCAAUUGUGGCCACGGGUGUGACGGAGGUGCUCCCGGAGCCGGCUGGAAGUACUGGAUCGACAAGGGACUGGUCAGCGGAGGUCCGUUUGGAUCGGAUCAGGGUUGCCGACCGUACACAAUUGAACCUUGCGUCCACGUCGAAAAUGGAGCCCGAAGUCCGUGCAAGGAUUCUAUAACCCCGAAAUGUAUCAAGAAGUGCCUACCAAGCUACAACGUGCCGUACGCAAAGGACAAAUCGUUUGGCAAGUCUACCUAUUCGAUCGCCAACGACGAGCGUCAAAUCCGGAAGGAGAUCUUCACCAACGGACCAGUUGAGGCCACCUUUACGGUGUUUGAUGACUUUGCAAGCUACAAGCACGGUAUCUAUCAGCACACAAGUGGAAAUCUGGCCGGUGAACACGCCGUUCGGAUUUUGGGUUGGGGCGUCGAGAACGGGACCAAGUACUGGCUGGCGGCCAAUUCGUGGAACAGCGACUGGGGAGAUAACGGCUACUUUAAGAUUCUGCGCGGAAGUAACCAUGUGGAUAUUGAAAGUGCGAUCGUUGCAGGAUUGCCGAAAGUUUGA